CGACUCUUAUAACAUUGCGUCUUUUUCACAAUGCCCCGACUGUUAGAUCACGGGAAGUUCUACCUGCGCCCCGGCUAUUCCUUUGAAUGUGUACUCUGUGCAGAACGAAGCCGGGACGACCCGUUAAUCCACCAGACGGGGGCUGGGGGUGGAUGGUGGCCAUGGCCGGGUUUGUGGUGAGCGCAUGCUCGUACGGAGUCAUGCGGUCCCUGAGCGUGUUCUUUGUGACCUGGCAGGACUACUUUUCUGUGACCGCCGCUGAAACUGGUCUGAUCCAGUCCAUCAUUACAGGAGUUUUGAACCUGGCAGCACCAAUCGCUGGAGCUCUGAGCAACAGGUUUGGAUGCAGAGUGGUGGUCAUGGCCGGCGGAGUGAUAUCUUCGGCAGGAUUCGUGCUCAGUCUGUGGGCCACAUCACUCUUUCAUCUCUACGUCACUGCUGGGUUUAUGACAGGAUUUGGAAACUCCCUGUCCUUGAUGACUACCAUGGCAACCAUAGGACGAUAUUUCACCACUCACAGACUCCGCGCCAACAGUAUCGCCGCUAUAGGUGCCAGCGUCGUGUCUUUCGCGUUCCCUCCUUUAUUCCAGUACCUAAUGGACGAGUACACUUGGAGGGGUGCUUUAGUUAUCAUCGGAGGGAUCGUGCUUCAGGUAGCCGGGUUUGGGGCGUUAGUAAGACCCAUUGUGCUUAAAAGCGACGUCACCACAGAUAGAACUCCAGAAAAGGUCAAGGAUUCUUCAACACAAAGUAGUAGAUUGUCAGGAAACAGUACAACUGUAAACUUCACGACAGAGAAGUAUUCUUUAAACAGAGUUAUCUUAGACAAAAUAGGUUCUGUCCUGGAUAUCAGUCUGCUGACAGAGUCACGUUUUUUGUUGUUUUGCCUGGCCGUUUUUCUGUUCGGAUUCGGCCGGUUUGUUCCUAACAUCUACAUCGUUCCACGCGCGCGGGCCUUCGGGGUGGAAGAAUAUCCCUCGGCUUUUCUGCUGUCCAUCCUGGCCAUAGGAGACAUCGUGGGCCGAGGGUCGGUGGGUCUGCUGCCGGAGUGGCCGAGGUUCCGACGGGUGGACCAGUUCGCUAUGAACUCGUUUCUCAUGGGCUUCAUCACCUUGUUCGCACCGCUUGCGAAGAACUACGUCACCAUGGCGGUGUACAGUGCGUCCUAUGGUUUACUGAUGGGCGGGUGUGUUCCGCUCCUGUACUCUGCUAUCGCGGAAAUUGGGGGAGCCAACAGGAUGUCCAGCGCUCUCGGGAUCAUCAUGUUCUUACGAGGGAUAGGAAACCUCGCAGGACCACCCUUUUCAGGUUGGCUGCGUGAUAUCACAGGCAGUUUCGACGCCACCCUGUUGGAAGGCGGUGGCUGCUUGGUGCUAGCCGGGCUGCUGCCGUAUCUACUUCACCUGCGCGUGUUUCAACCCGCACAAACAGAGGACAAAGUCGGCGGACGUGAAACCGACGGCACCCGGCUGUCUCUGAUGGCUGCAGAGCGAGAAGAAUCGAACACAGCCUCUGCUCAAAAUCAUGAAACAAUGGUGGUCAUAAGGGAAACUUCCUUGUGAACUUGAUGCAAUGGACUCGAUUAUCACGAAUAAUAAUCA